AUGUCAUCAUCUGUCAAGUUUGGCCUUCAAUGCUUAGGGAAUCUCUUGCGAUUUUUGAGGGUUUUGCAAUGUCCGAGUGAAUUGUUACCAAUUAAAUCAAUGGUUUGACGAUUGGGCGGGUGUGCCCUCAUGAUAAAAUGACAUCGAGAAGCAAAAACUCUGUCCGAAGUUAUGAAACUGAGAUAGAAAAGAAUCGUGAAGAGUCUAAUUGGAAGAAGGCUGUGGAAUUGGCCCAACAAUUAAAAUCAAGAUCACCACAACAUGAAAGUCUUGCUCACUUCCUCAUUGGUGAAGGCAAACUGGAAUCAUACUUUGAAGAGUGGCCUCCUAUAAAAGAGAAUAUAGAAAGAGCACAGAGGGAACUCUCGGAAGCUCGGGGCUACCUCACUCUGGCUACCGAUGAGGCGGGAAAGAAAGCAGGAGUAGCACUUGAUGCUCACCUUCUAUUGGGGAAAUUGAACUAUGCUUGUGGUGCUUAUGAUGAAGCACUAAAGCAGUACAAUUUAGCGGAAUUGAGCACUUUGACGGAGAAAGAAUUACCUGUCCGCAGUCUCCGUAUUGUUGCAGAAUCUUAUGCUAUAAAAGGGUUAUGUUUGGAACAGAAUGCUAUACCCAGCUCGACAAGUCGAUAUAAACAAGCUGAAAGGGAAACUGAAAUGAUCCGCAGCUUCGAGGUGUCAUCGGAGCUGACGCUGCUGUACCUGCAGCGGGCGCAGGCGGCGCGCGCGGGCGCAGUGCUGGAGACUGCGCUGCAGCGCGCCCCGCUGCUGCACAUCCGCGCCGGCCGCCUGCACUGCGCCAUUGACAGAUACCGGGAGAUGCUGACUGCAGUGGAGGCGGCGUCCACGCAGGCGCUGCGGCUCACCCUGGCCCGACAGCUCGCCGAGGUCCUCAUGCGCGGCGUCACCGGACAGGUGUACAAAGCUCCGGAGAAAGUGGCGGUGAUGCCGGCGCAGGGCACACUGACGCGCCGCAGAGAGGACCACGUCUCUGAAGGACCCUGGAAACCCAAGAAGUACGCCGCCAUUAACCAGUUUGUGCCAUGCAAUGAGUACGAGGAGGUGAUGCUGCUGGUGCUGGUGGGGGAGGCGAUGGCGGCGCGCGACGCCGUGCUCUCCCAGAGCGCGGAGUUCGAGGCUGCGCGCGCGCACGCCCUGCGCAACGCCAUCGCCGUGCUCGACCUGCUAGCGCUCGUAGCCGUGCGCUGGGGGCAGCUCGCCCUCCUCCUGGAGUCGCUGGAGCGCGCGAUGAAAUUCUCUUUCGGGUGCGCGCACAUCUGGCGGGCGCGUGCGCUGGCCGCCGCAGCCGCCGCGCGCCCGCACGCAGCCGCGUACCACCCGCCCGCGCACCCCCCGCCUCCAGGCAGCAGCGCGCACAGUGCGCACGUGCGCGCGCUGUGCGUGUCGCGGCGGGCGGCGCUGCUGUGCGCGGGGGACGCGCCGCUCCGCCUGCUGGCCGCCGCCAACUGCUACCGCGCCGGUUGGAUAGAGGAAGGUAUAGAGAUGGCGGAGGAGGCGCUGGCGAUAGAGACGGAGAAGAGUGGGCCCAUGCUGGCGCGCUGCCAUCUCUACGUCGGCAUCGGGCACCAGAUGCGCGGGCAGAAACUUAAUGCCCGCAUCGAGAAGGAGGCGACGAGCGAGGUGAGCCUGCGGCACCUGGUGCAGGCGGCGCGGCUCGACGACAACGACCACCUCGCGCUGUACCACCUCGCGGUGCAGUACAUGCACCUCGGCAUGCUUAACGAGGCCAUGGACGCAACACGGUCGUGCCUGAGCGUGCGCGCGGAGUGCGGGGGCGCGCUGCGGCUGGCGGCGGCGCUGUGGGCGUGCGCGGGGGCGGGGCGCAGGGCGGCGCGCGCGCUGCACGCCGCCCGACUCGCGCGACACCACUACCCCAACGCCGAGUGGCCGCUGUGGGCGCUCUCCGCGCUGCAGCUCGUCUGGGAGAGCGGGGACGCGGCGCUGGCGACGGGCAAGGAGCUGCUGCGGCUGCUGAACAGCGCGGAGGCGGAGGCGGAGGCGGCGGCGGAGGAGCGCGUGGCGUACGCGGAGCUGGACGCGCUCUCCGACUCGCAGCACGACGACACGCUCAGCAACAGGGACGCCGCGUCCAUCCGCGCGGAGUCAGCGGGCGCGUUCCGUGCGGAGCGCGCGCUGUCGGAGGCGGGGGGCACGAGCGCGGUGGGCGGGGCGGGGUGCGGGGCGGGGGCGCACUCCCCGCUGCAGGCGCACCGCGCGCACGCCUGGCUGCUGCUCGCAGACCUCUGUCUCAGGCUGGACCGCACGCACGCGGCGGCGGGCUGCGUGGCGGAGGCGGCGGCGCUCACCCCCCACAGCCAUCUUGUGCUCUAUACGCGCGGGCUGGUGCACGCGGCGAGGUGCGAGUGGGAGGAGGCGCGCGCUUGCUUCCAGAACGCGCUCGCCAUACACCCCACACACCUGGACAGUAUGGUGCAGCUCGAGAUAGGACAAUAA